AUUGCUGGUGUCCUUUCCAACUUACCAUGGCAGAAGUCGAAGUUACCAGCGCCUCUGGCUUGGUAGAUAGAAAGUUCCUACUGAUAUCUGCUGCCCGAGACAUUUCAAAAUCCGGAAAAACCCCUUUCUCAAAUAUCAAGGAGGCCGUACAAUACAAAUAUGGCUACAACGUCACGUUAUGGCCCCUCGUAGAGCUCAGGCUAGGAACGAUGGAUGCCCUGUACCUUGUCUUGGAUGAGCUCAUCAAGCGCGAUCCCUUUAUAAAAUCAACAGUUACCAGAAUCGGGUGCCAGCUCGUUAAGCUCGUCAAGAAAGAAAAUCGAGUACACAUGAAUUGGGACAUAAACGACAAUGACAUCUACAAAUACACCACCCUGUUUUAUUGGGAGGAUGCCAGGUUCAGUCGGCGCAGAACGCUGGCCGAACUGACUGACAAAAUAUACAAAGACAUCGAAAAAAUAGACAUCGAACUGAAGUCCAGAGUCGCCGAAUACGAAUCUAUACGCACUCUGAUCAGGCAGGCCAAGGCCAAACAAACGGGCAGCUUGUUGACUCGAGACGUGAGCAGUCUGAUUGACCAAGAAGACGUGGUCGAAACAGAAUAUUUGACGAGCAUAGUCGUCGUGGUUCCAGCUCUGUCUAUCGAGGAUUGGGAGCAGAAAUACGAGACGCUCACUGAAUACGUUCUGCCGAAGUCCUCAAAGCUCCUUUACCGAGACAACGACCACGCCCUAUUUCGAGUUUGCAUGUUCAAACGCGUCGUGGACGAUUUUGCCCGCGAGGCCCAGAGAAACAGGUGGGUUGUACGCAGGGUCGAGUCAAAAGUGAAGUCGAGCCAGCUAGACUUAGAAAAGCUCGAAAAGCAGAAACAGGUUUUGAAGCAGUCUCUGUCUCGUUGGUGCUCGAUUCAUUUUUCAAGCGCAUACGUAUGCUGGAUGCACUUCGAAUACAUACGGCUCUUCGUCGAGAGUGUCCUAAGAUUUGGUUUGCCCAUUAACUUUGAAAUGAUACUCAUCGACCUGUUGCCUAAGUCGGAAAAGAAAAUUCACAAAAUUUUACAAAAAAUAUUUAAUUAUUUGGCCGUGGACGACGUCGAUAUUGAUGAAUUCGACGACCAAGUGAGCGACUUUAAGGGCAAGAUUGGCUUGGAGGACGAGAAGUUUUAUCCAUAUGUGUCUAUUGAGAUUGAAUGGAAAAUCAGUGUAGACACCUGAUGUGUGGUACUCGUGAGCUAGGAGGAGAUGCGGGCUGAAGUUGAGAGCGCCAGUCGUUUUCGGUUUAUUUUUAAAAGUCAUUUUUUUCUCUCUCUGGGUUUAUUGCGUAGGUGGGAAGUGCGAGAGAGUGGUUUCUAGCCGGUCUCAGGUCCUCGACGAGUGAGGGAGAGGCAUGGAAGAGAUCGAUGAGGUCAUGUUGCAGGACUUACGGAACAUUGGCUGCGAGAUUGGGGAAAGUGUGUGCACGUGUAAGGACAUCAAGACAGAGCUGCCUGCAUGCAUGCUGAAGUGCCUGAGACUGGCGGACAAACAGCAAAGAUGUCCGAACAGGUUGUCGAAGAACAUAACCAAAAAAGUGAAUCAGAUCACUAGGUUGAUAAAUCGAGUCAAGGAACUAGGUUUUCCGUACGAGUUUAGCUAUCACCAGGUGCUGUAUCCCAGCGAGCAGAAUGCGCGGGUGUUGUUGACGUGGCUACGGAAUUUGGUUCUGAAGGAUGGGGAGUGUCCAUCGAGGACGAGUGCGACGCGCAGGGAGAUGUCAGAGAGGAUGGAGUCGUUAAAGGGGGGGAUGUGGGUGCCGUGUUUUGAAGUAGAGGAGGCGGGUUUUCCGUGCGUUGAGGAGCUGUCGACGCACAAGUUGCAUGUGCCGUUCGGGGAGCUGGAGGGGCGCGAGACCGCUUGGGAGUGCUGGCGUGGUUUGAAGGAGCAAGUGAGUGAGAAGGGCGGAUUGGCGCCGUCUGUUUUUGAACACAACACUCGUUUGCUGUGCGACCAGCAAGACGGAAGUCUGCAGGGGAGCGGUGAGGGGAGGCGGAUAGUUGGAGGGGAGGAAUGGAGGAGGCGGCUGAGCGCGAUGUCAAAAAUGAGUGCGAGCAGGGAAAACGAGACAGUCGACGGGCGCAACUGCACUAGGUUUGCAAGAAGGUUGGCGUAUGGAGGGAGAAGCCGUGGGCUAAUAAGGACGGUGCGCUCUGGGUCGGAGCAUGAAAAGGACGAAAGUUUUUCUGGUUCGAACGAGAAGGCGGCGGCGGAAUACGCGGACGAUGUACCGAGUGAAAAAAAAUGCGAAGAAACAGAAAUUUUGGCGUUUUUGAAGCCUUUUAAAGGAGAAGAAUUAGAGAGUGUGUGCGCAGAAUUGGAGCGGAUUGCUUGCAUGUUGUCGGAUGGCGCGAGCGAUCCGAUCAGCGCUUUAGAGGGCAAGAUACACGAGAAGAAGGUGCAGUUGAGACAAGCGGCAGAAAGUUGGGAAAAUUCUCGUCUAGGUUUUAUUGAGCGCUAUCGAGAAGCUCGUGCAUUGGCUUCACAGCAAGAAAGCGUAAGGCUAGAAAAAGAAGAGCAUGCAGACCAGCUGAGAGGGUCGGUCAGGUCACUGACUCAGAAGCUGGCCGAGUUGGAUCGCGAAAUGAGCAACUUGUCUCGCAUGUACGAAAGUUCUUCUAAGAGCAGUCGCGAGGUGUACAUAGCGUGCAUCAUGAAUUUACUGAAGAGCAUUGAGCGACAAAACCUCGAGCUUUUUAAAAACGCCGAGCAUCUUCUCGAAGUCAAAAGAGAGGUGAACGGGCUCAUGGAGAUGAUUCAGCGCAGCUACUUUAGCGCAGAGGAAAAAAUUUUGGUAGAGAUCAAGAAAAAAUCGCGGGCAAAGCUUAUAUACGACGAGCUGCGGGCGCUCGACCGGUUAUUUGACCAGCUGAUUGAGUUGUCGGAGAAGAACGGACGCUUGAAGCGCGAGGGACUAGAACUUGAAGAGAGGUACUCCGAGCUCAGAGCAAGGCUCGGACAAAUAGAUUUGGAGGCCAUAAAGAGAGAUUUGGAGCUGGCCAAGAGGGAAAACGAGGAGCAAGUAAUGCAGAAAGUUACCGUUUGA